UGGCGUUUUGAGCACGUCACCGGGCUCAUUGAUGCACCGAUCACUUCAUUAGUAUAUAGUGAUGGACAAGAUAAGUUAUGGAUAGGACAAGAGACUGGUAUUACUCUUCUUUCACCGAUUAUCAUGUCGACAGGACGUAUUCAUUGGUUUUUUUCUAGAUUGGCAGGACAAAUCUCCAAUCCUGGAUCAGACAUUGGUCAUUUACCAUUUGCUAAUAUUACUACUUUGAGUGUGAGCCAUUCGACAUUACCUGACAGUCGAGUUUGGUUAGGUACUAUUCGUGGAAUGAUGCGUUUUCAUCCAAACGAUACUGAUAUAAACGCUUGGCGUGUAUUUAAUAGUGCCCGAUAUAUGCCUAAUCGCGAUUCAUUGGUCAAUGUAGUUUCAUUGGCUGUACUGAGUCGUGAAAGUAAGGCACCUACCGCUCUGGGCAGUACUGCAGUAGCAGUCACCAGUAAAGGCUUAGCUGUUCUUCACUUUGAGAUGUGGACGUUGGCGCAAAAAGCAAAGUAUUUUCAAGAAUUCUUUAACCAAACAGGAAGACAUGACAAAUAUAAUUUGGUAUCGGGUUGUGGUAUGUCAUCAUGGGGAGAUAGUCGUACUUGUGUCAAAGGACCAGAUGACAAUGAUGGUCUUUGGACUUCAAUGUAUUUAAGUAGUCAAAUCUUUCGCUAUAGAGUAACACAAGAUGCAACAGUCAAAGCAUCUGCUUGGACUCAUUUUGAAGCAUUAGAACUUCUUAAUAAAGUUACAGGCAUUUCUGGUUAUCCUGCUCGUUCAUUUGCGAAACGCACUGAUUUUCCUCCUGGUCCUAAUUGGUAUUUAUCUCCUGUUUAUCCAACUCUUCAAUUCAAAGAUGAUACCUCAUCUGAUGAGAUUGUUGGACAUGAAUUUGUUUAUCCAUUAGUACAUGAUUUGUUGGUUAGUAAUGAGGAUGAACGCCAAAGAGCUUACACAUUGCUCUUCAAUAUCACUAAUUAUAUUUUAACUCAUGACUGGUAUUUGGUAGGCCUGAAUUACACUCAUAGGGGUGUCUGGAAUCCAAUAGAUAUAAAUAAUGGUAGUGACCAUAUAGACGAGCGGGGCCUUGGUAGUCUCGAAAUAUUGGCUUUUUUACUUCAAACUUAUGCUUACAGUGGUGAUGAACGUUUUCUUAAUGGUGCUAACCUACUUAUUGAAUCGUAUCAAUAUGAUGUUAAUCUCAUUAAUCAAAGAAUGAUUGCAGUUUGCCAGGUUAAAUUUUGGGAUGAUGAGCUAGCUUAUUUGUCCUAUUUUAAUUUAGUCUAUGCAAUCAACACAUUUACUUCCAUGCCUACUUUAUCUACAACACAGAAGGAACGUACACAAUUAGUUAUCGAUAAACUAUUGGAAUAUAUGAAGGUUGGAUUAGAUCUAGCGCAUAAAUACAAACAAAUGGAGAAAUCACCAUUCUAUAACUUCAUCUAUUGUUAUGUUAGUGGCCAGGUUAAUCAAACUCGACAUCUAUUCAAUAAAAGUCGUGGAUCUUCUCCUGAAUUCGACUGCAAUUCAUUGUCAAAGGAUGGGAUAUGGUAUAUGCAACGUUGGCCAUUGGAACUUAUUAACUGGCCACAAUUCAAUAGUGACCGAUUGGAUAUCCAACUUAACGUACCUGCUGAAUGUGAUUGGGGAAGAGCACUCCGCUCGUUAAAAAUGUUACCUCCUGACGAACGAACCAUUAGUAUAUGGAACUAUAACGUCUACGACUUGGAUGGUGGUGACGGAUUUUUGGAAACAGAUCCAACUGCUUUCUUAAUAAGUUAUUGGGGAAUGCGUUAUUUUAAUUUGCUAGGAGAAUGA